GGCAGGACGUGCAAUGCGGACACCUUUCUGUCUUUUUCCAUCUUUGUCUGUGAAAAUUACUUCCAUUUACACUGCCUCAGUUCUUUAAGUAGACGAGUGAAUUAACAGAGUUCCUAUCAUAUCUGCUAUGCAAUGGCGAGUGAAGGAGAAGGGGCUGUAGAAUUGAGGAACAAGCAGGUGACACUCAAACACCAUGUCUCCGGUUUCCCCAGCGAGACCGACUUCGAGCUCAGGACUUCCUCCAUCAAACUUAAAGUCCCCGAGGGCUCCAGUGGGGUCCUCCUGCAGAACCUCUACCUGUCCGCUGACCCUUACAUCUUACUGCGGAUGCGCAACAUCAACGACCCCAACCACUACUUCACCUCCUUCACCCCCGGCUCGGUGAUUACUGCAAAUGGAGUGGGCAGAGUUCUCGAUUCUCGAGACCCGAAAUUCAAGAAGGGCGACUUGGUUGAUGGGGAGAUUGGAUGGGAAGAGUACACUCUCGUUACAGCACCAGAGACUCUGUCAAAGAUCGAGUACACUGAUGUUCCGCUGUCCUACUGUACAGGAGUUCUGCGUCUUAUUGGUUUGACUGCUUAUGUGGGUUUGUUUGAGAUCUGCGCUCCGAAGAAAGGUGAACACGUCUUUGUUUCCGCAGCAUGUGGUGCGGUCGGACACCUUGUUGGGCAGUUUGCUAAACUGGCGGGGUGCUAUGUUGUUGGUAGUGCGGGUAGUAAAGAAAAGGUCGAUUUGCUAAAGAACAAGCUCGGAUUUGAUGAGGCUUUCAACUACAAGGAAGAGCAGGAUUUGGAUGCAGCUCUUAGAAGGUACUUCCCUCAAGGCAUUGAUGUUUACUUUGAGAAUGUUGGUGGUAAGAUGCUCGAUGCAGUGCUUCUUAAUAUGAGGCCUCAUGGCCGAAUUUCGGUUUGCGGGUUGAUCUCUCAAUACAACACUGAGCCUGAAGGGCCUAAGAAUCUGAUGCAGAUUAUCUAUAAGCGGAUCCGUAUGGAAGGCUUCGUUGUCUGGGACUAUACUAGCCUUUACCCUAAAUUCUUGGAUUGGGUGUUGCCUCACAUUCGAGAGGGAAAGAUCUUUUGCAUUGAGGACAUCACAGAAGGUCUGCAGAGCUGCCCUGAUGCUCUGAUUGGGAUCUACAAGGGCCGCAACAUCGGGAAGCAAGUGAUCCGAGUUGCUCAUGAAUGAAGUGAAUGGCUAAAUGUAACAACUUUGCCCAAGCGUUGGAACGUUGUGAACUAUGAUUUGAUAGAAAACAGUGAAAUGUGUUCUCCAGAUUGCCAAAA